AUGCAUGCCGGAAAGCAAAUUAAUACAGGGAAAAAGGGGAAUUGUUAUCAGUCUGAUACCUACUGCAAAAGAGGUCGAAUUUGUCCCCCAGGGAAGUCCUGUUCUCCUCCAAAGCCACAACAAAAAUGCAGGGCACUAGGCUCGAGUAGACGUGAAAUGUGCUAUCGUCCAGUACUGUAUUGCCAGCGGGGUUACAUCUGCAUACGAUGGAAAAAGUACACUCAAUGUAGAAAACCAUUUACCGGUCCUAAUUGCAAGGAAAUAGAUAGAGAUGCAUGCUCUUUAAUGCCCUGUCAAAACGGAGGGACAUGCACAAACAUCGAGAACUUGUACACGUGCAACUGCAACAAAGGGUGGUCUGGACAGAACUGCACCGAUUUUACAGGAAACUUCACAUAUGAGCACAAUAUGUUGAUCCUGUGGAAUCCAGCCUCAAGAAAUAUCGAAUCGAAAUCGAUCUACCUGACAACAAAUACCUCUUCAACAGUAGAAAUUUCCACUUCAGAAAAUCUUAAUGCAUCACUAAAAAAUGAUAUUGAUCAAAUAUUUUUUUUCACUUCCGAACAUAAAAUUACCCUCCCUGCAGAAAUGCAAGGCAAUAUUUUACAGAAAGAAUCAAAAGGGGUGAAAAUUCGCUCCACAGAUCCAAUUACUGUCCUUCUCUUGGGAAACGACCCGUCGAAACCUGAUGACGGUUCUCUUAUUUUCCCUAGCAGACCAACAGCAGGACCAUAUUACAGUUACUAUAUGAUACCAUCUACUGUUUCACAACUUGUACCUAACUCUGCAUACUCAACUGUAUUUGGUGUUAUUGCAUUGAAGGACAAUACAACCGUCUUCAUUGAAUUUCAAAUACGUGACAAAGGAACACCUAUAACUUUUAAUGGUCAAGAGUUUGGACAUUUAGAACAUUUGUUCAUAAAUUUAAAUAGUAUGGAAACGUUACAGAUUGGACACAACACGGACCUGACGGGAACUAUUAUUUUAUCUUUGAAUAAUAGUAAGGCAAUUGAGGUAUUUUCGGGAAGUGGACGUAACUUGUCUCCUGACUCCCCUGGCAAUCAAGUGAUGGAAAAGCUUCAUCCAUAUGCUGAUUUGGACUUAACCUAUAUUGUACCGCCUGACUUCUGGAAUAAUGGGACAUUCAUACAAAUUACAUUCCCUCAAUAUUAUUUCAUAGCACCUGUACAUAUUUCGAAAGGGGCCUCCACGUACACUGUUACUAUAGGAAGUUAUGCACCAUAUGAAAUGAGUACAUUAGCUAAUGAGACAACAGUCAUCGUUGCCGAGGGAAAAUAUCCAGUGCAGGUUAUCAACUAUGUCAAACAAAACUCAAACCCAAACACAAGUAAUUCGUACAUGGUUAAUAUUCCUGGAGUUCAUCGUUAUAAAAGCCGAUACCUAGUCCCUAUUCCUGAUGGGUACCUCAACAGCUACAUUACAGUCAUGAUAAGAAAUAAUUCGAUAUCAGAUCUUCGAUUAAACGACCAAGUUAUUUCUCCAGAUAUGGUUCGUUUUGAGAGCAAGGUUUUGGUUAAAAGUAUCCAAUACUCCAUCGCUACUGUCGAAGUUUCCCCAGGUAGACUGAAUAUAGAAUCAACAACUGAUUCUCCGUUUGGACUGAUUGUCCGCGGCUAUGGAAUUUCUGAUGCCUAUGGCUUUACAGGAAAUGUCGUUGACCCAUUAAGUUAAUUUAAAAAAUAAAAAAAAGAUCAGUAGUCAUUUGCUCGGCAAGAUUAAUUU